AUCAGCUCUUGCGCUUGUCAGCUUUACUCCCGCCAAAACGCCGCCAACGCCACUCUACGAUGGUGGACGUCGAGGCGCAGACUGAGUGCACCCUGCCGGUGACAGUGGUCGGCGUGGAGAAGGAUGUUAUGUUUGGUGUGCGUGUGCGCAAGAGCUUCGGCUCUCGCGCGUUCUGGGGCACCGUUGUGGGCUGCUAUUGGGUCUCAGGCGGACUUUUCUACAAGGUGAGCUUUGACGACGGCGACGUGGACAUUUUCUCGGCCGACGAGGUGCUGCAGGACGCACAGGCGGCCAAAAAACACGCCAAGGAGAACCCACAGCAACAGGACAAGGAGACAGGUGACACAACAGCAGUGGACGACUAUUUCCGAGCCAUGAGACUGCACAAACUCAAGCGGAAACGAGACGAUACGGUGGACAAUCCCCCUACGAUCCCCAACAUCCAGAGAGUGAGUCUCUGGGGUCAGAGACUUUACGCCUCCAUCUACACCAACCUGAAGAACGAGACGUUCAUUAAGGACCUUCUUAAGACGGAUGACGGACAGAUGGGAGAGAUGGAGGCCACAGGACGCGUCCAGGUCGGAGAUAUGAUCUUAGCGGUGAACGAGACGCGGGUGCUGGGCAUGUCCAGUAGGGACCUCGCGGAGCUCAUUCGGAAGCCCAAACGUCCCAUUAUCUUGACGUUCUAUCGGCCACUGCACUCGCAACUGCCAGCAGAGCAACAAAAGGCACAGAAUCAACAGACACAGCAGUCUCCUGCAACGUCAAGUACACCAACGCCCACGACACAGCCAGUGCCGGCCCCACACCCUCCAACCACUGUACCAGCAUCUGCACCAGCGUCUGUUGUAAUGCCGCCGUCGUUUGUUCCGCAUCCAGCGCUUGCACAGGCGAGACCAAUGGCUCAAAAUCUAGCUCAGCAGUGGACGAAUGCAUCGCAGCCUCUUUCAAACAAGGAGAUUAUCCGGCAACGACUGAGCCAGAACGCUGCAGCAAGACACGCCAGCUAUGUGCCUGGAUAUCCCAGGGGUGUGUACGUACCGGCAAAUGCAGGUAUACGCACAGUGCCUCCAGCUCACAGUGGUGCGUAUCAAGCGCAGCAGCAGUUUAUGCAGAGAGUUGUCAACAGUGCUGCUAUGAGGGUAACGUCGGGAUACACUGCACCAGGUAUACAACCGGCAAGGCCGAUAAACCAGCCUCAGAUUUCUACAACCGCGGCUCAGCACAUACCGGCGAAUCAGCGGCGCACAGGUCUUACCCUUUACGAAAAGGUGCAGCAAUUGCAGGCCCAACGAAACUCAGUGGCCGUGGUGGGAAGACCUUCAAGCGAGCCAUCGCGGUCCCAGACCGCAGUGACGAGUAGAGCUCAGGAGAUCGACUUAUCGCUGGACGAACCAGAACAGGGAACCGCUUCGUCACUGCCUGACAGAACCCAGCAGAACGCACCGACUGCAUCUCAACAAACUCCUCAUUCAGCACCAACAAGUGAUCGAAGAUCUACUACCAACGCCCCUGCUCUGGUGUCUUUUAUACCCUCUACUGGAACAAGCAGGUGGACUUCACAUGACGCCGAGACAAUAGCAAAACUAGCCGAGAAAGAUCCGAUGGCCGCUCAGCGUUUGAUGAAGACAGCAGCAAUCCCCACGACGUCGUUUCUAUCGCCCAAUGAGGCGCCUGCAGAUACAGAGAUGGAGGACUCAAUGUCGUUCCUGUCUCCUAGUGCAGCGACCGAUACCUCGACAGAGCGGGAGACGCCGGCCGCCUCUCAUGGAAUGUCGUUCCUGUCACCGAAUGACUUUAACGUGGAGUCCAGCACGCCUUCGCGUCCAGAGAACUCGAGCGAAAGUGCUAUGAACAAGCCCAAGUCGAAUGUUAGUCUCGUGAGUGUGGAGGUGUCUCGCAAGCGGUUAUACCUGACGUUAGGUGUGCAGGGCACGUUAAUCGCCGUCACUUCGUUCGUAUCAGACGAGUUUGGCCGACCGGGUGAAGUGGAGCAGAGCGGCAAAGUGUUUCUCGGCGACGUGUUAGUGCGUAUCAACCACAUGUUCAUCCUCCCGGGCAUGACUCCUAAUCAUGUGGCAGAUAUUGUCAACACUUCUCCCCGACCCAUGACACUUUGGUUCGAACGCGCAUCUUGGGAGAUUCUAGACGGCAAAGCAUAACAUCAGUCGUGUAUUUAGAACAAGCGGGGCGGUGUAUUGAGACGAUGGCAACCGUAACUAGCAGGCUAGACGUAUAUGAAUGCAACUCCAGUUGCUCGUUUCAUUGUUGCGCUCGGGGCGCUACUACUUGGCCAGACCUGGGUCCUUAGAAGACGUUGUCGUACUUCUCCAUGGCGCCAGACACCGCAUCGACGACUCGGACUUCGUUCAUGACGUAGACCGAUCGGAACGCGCCAGACUCGUCGAAGCGCUGGAUCGUGCGUAGACGACGCGAGCUGUCGAUGCCUGUGAUCGUCUCCACCAUCAACGGACGACCGGAACGCUUGGAUGUGGCCGUGAUGAUGAUGACGUUCGUGCCGAGCUCCUGCAUGGUGAUGUCGGAGCCCCGCAGCGACGGAUCAUCCGUCUCGAUCUUGAGGAUGCCGUCUGACACGGGCUUUAUCCACAUGUGCUGCAUGGACGUCAAGCCGCUCAUGGUCGUCCUCGACUGACGCUGACUCCACACGCCUUCGUCGUCGCGGAAGAUCAGGUCGUUCGAGCACACCUGACUACCUUCGUCCUGUGGCGGGAUGGUGGUGAGUUCUCCGUUCCAACGACCUUCCAUGCUCGGCAGCACGUGGUAACUGCAGCCGUUGACGCGCACUGAGAGCUGGUUGAAGAAAGCUCGGCCUGAGCCCGCCUUCUUGGUGGCGAAGUGGGGCGGUAGACUACCGUUCAUUGAGCGCGAGAUGAUGCUUUUCUCCAUGCCAAGGCGGUGCACUGUACCGUCGGAUCCAGCGGCCCAAAUGUUGUCUACAGCAGCACUAGAGUUAGUGCUUAUUCUACCAAUUUCUACCUUUUAAUAAUGUAGGAUCCUUCCUACCUUCUUUGAGCA